UACAGCCGCUGCCCAAAAUGGCCCCGGAUGGCAGCCCGCCGUUCAAGCCCGCCGCUACCGAUCCUAUGAUGGGCGAAGACGCACUGUCUGAAGAAUUGCAGCUUCUAUACAGGGAUACCGAGAUAUCACUCGAACCCCAGCCUAUCACGCAGGCUGUAUGGGGAGCACAGGAAUGGGCUCACGGGUCCACAAUCGACCCAAGCCUGCUCAGCAGCACGGGUUAUACUCAUACGCCUCCAGGGGUUGGCGUACAGACGGGUCCUUUCUUGGACGUUGAUCCUCCAGAUGGAGACUCGCAAAUGUUUCCACAGGCGCGAGCGAGCGAUGGUUUGAACGGAGCAGAAGAUCAGAUGUCUCCCGUUGAUCAAUACUCCCCUAUUUCUUCUAUUACUAUGUCCGAUUCUUCGUCCGAGUUCAAUCUCGAACAUUAUAUCGACGGCCUAGACCGAUCUGGAACUCCUGUUGCCGGUACCCUAACAGAACCCUUCCAUUUGCUGGGCGUUGGCGUGGGCUCGGCACCUCCAGCUGCUGAUUCUCCUGCUAUGGCGACACUUCCCUUUGUUUUACUGACUGUUAUGCUCUAUAGUCGCCAUUACGGAUGGCAUGAUAAGCCUUUGAGGUGUCCCAAGGAAGAUGAAGGCUGUCCCUACCGUGCGCAGUUCAACAAGGAGAUUGAGAAGCACAUCUGGAGCAGACAUGUCAAGUGGGCCGAGGAAACCAACCGUAAGCCCAUCAGGAAGAAGUGUCAGCGCUGUGGCGUAAUACUGGAGAGGCCCGACUUCGUCAAACGCCAUAUGGACGAAGUUCACGGUGGUAUCAAGAGGAAGAGGGGUCCAGGUGGCUAG